UCUGCUUAUCUGGAACUUGAAAAGAGAAGUGGAGAGAUAAUGGCAAGUCCUCCGGCGACGGGAGGACACCUGUUAUCUAAUGGGACGAACGGCGUGAAGAAGUACGGGUACCUGAGGAAGCAGAAGCACGGACACAGGCGCUUCUUCGUCCUACGGGAGCCGACGGAGCGCUGCCCGGCCCGGCUGGAGUAUUACGAGAGCGAGAAGAAAUGGAGAAACAAGUCCGCCGCGAAACGGGUCAUAACUCUGGACUCCUGUCUGUGCGUAAACAAACGCGCCGACGCCAAACACAAGCACCUCAUCGCCCUCUACACCAAGGACGAGUACUUCGCCGUGGCUGCUGACAACGAGCAGGAGCAGGAGAGCUGGUACACGGUUCUGACGGAUCUAAUAGCCGAGGGGAAGGUGUACGACAGCCCCGCUUCCACCUCCUCUUUAGUGGGCUUUGAGGAGACCAGCUACGGACUCAUUGCUCCUGCAACAGCUGCUUAUAAGGAGGUAUGGCAGGUCAACUUGAAAUCCAAAGGCUUGGGUCAGAUCAAGAACCUCACUGGAGUGUACCGGCUGUGUUUGUCCAGUCGGACCAUCAGCUUUGUCAAACUGAACUCAGAAACAGCUGCUGUCAGUUUACAGCUCAUGAACAUCCGCAGAUGCGGCCACUCAGACAGCUUCUUCUUCAUAGAGGUGGGCCGGUCAGCGGUCACCGGGCCUGGGGAGUUCUGGAUGCAGGCGGAGGACUCAGUGGUGGCGCAGAACAUCCACGAGACCAUCCUUGAGGCCAUGAAGGCCAUGAAGGAGCUGUCAGAGUUCAGGCCGCGGAGCAAAAGCCAGUCAGCCAGCACCAACCCCAUCUCUGUGCCCACACGACGCAACCUCAACAACCUCCCCCCCAGUCAGACGGGCCUGGUGAGGAGAUCCAGGACAGAUAGCAUGGCAGCAACGUCCCCGGGGAGAAAGUUCACAUCCUGCCGGAUAAGAACGGCCAGUGAGGGAGACGGAAGCGUGACCCGGCCAGUGUCCAUGUCCAUAUCUGUGACUGGAAGUCCCACCAGUCCAAACUCUGGGAACCACCUCAGCAGGUCCCAUACCCUCAGCAGUGGGCGCACCUGCAGGAUGCUAGAGUCCUCCUCCAACCUGCAUCACAGCCGGUCCAUGCCGGUGUCCAACUCCCCUCCAGCCGCCUCCAGCCCCAUCAGCAUGUCUCCCAGAGGGGGGGCCAGUAUCUACACUCCUGACAAAGCCAGGCGACCUUUCAGCUGCAGCGCCUCCAUCUCUGGCUCCCUCAGUGACACUGGCUUCAUGCUGUGUGACGAUUACAGCUCCAGCCCGGGCGAACCCAAAUUCCUCCCCCUGACCCGCAGCGACACCCCUGACUCUCUGUCCAGCACGCCUCCAUCCCGUGACAUCAGCGACCCUUGUGGCUACAUGAUAAUGGAGGGGGCGAAUGGCAGCAGGUCUGGGGCUUACGGCGAGGGUCUGGCGUUUGACAAGGCUUACAGGAAGCGGACGCACUCCCUCACCACACCACGUCAACAGAGGGUGGUGGCGCCGCUGUCCUCGGCCUCCCUGGAUGAGUACACGCUCAUGAGGAUGGCCCACGGACAGAACUCUCACUCCGCCUCGCCCAAAGUGUGCUACCCUGAGGAUUAUGGAGACAUUGAAAUCGGUUCAUCCAGGAGCUCCAGCAGUAACCUUGCCGACGAUGGCUACAUGCCAAUGACGCCAGGUGUAGUGUCCCAGUCUGGCAGAGCAGACAACUACGUACCCAUGAGCCCCAUGUGCGUCUCAGCGCCAAAGCAGAUUGUGAACCCUAGGGUGCACCCUCAGGCGGCUGCCAGCGGCGGCUACAAGACCAACUCCCCCUGCAGCAGCUCCCUGGAAGACAGCGGCUACAUGAGAAUGUGGUGUAGCUCCAAAUCGUCCAUGGAGAGCCCAGACAGGAAUGGUGAAUACAUGAACAUGUCACCUGGAAACCCACCUCCACUCCAGACCCCCCCUGAUUACUACUUGGGCCUGAUGGCUGGCGAACCCACAUCAGUGAGGCCGGCUUACCAGGCCGGCUCCCUCACGCUCCCUGCUAAACUUCAGGCCUCUAAGAAUGAGGAAAGCAGCCAGUAUGUGUUGAUGAGCCCUCAGAGUUUGAGGCAGAGGGCGGGUGAGUCAGACUAUUAUUCAGUGAUGCAGCCCAGUGCAGCUCAGACCUCACCCCUGAGCCCCUCUGUACCCUCCCCAGUCAGACACGGCCGGGCGGACACGCUGCCCUACAGAGGGAGGCUGGGCAGACCUAACAGGCUAUCCCUAGACACCCUGAGGACCCUGCCCAGCAUGAAUGAGCACCCCCUCCCUGGAGAACCCCGAAGCCCUGGGGAGUACAUCAACAUUGACUUCAGCGGCGCCAGAUUCUCCCCGCCCUCCAUUGUAUCCGCAGAGAGCCGGUCUUCGUCGCUGGGUUCCAGCAGCGGGGGCCCGGGGAGGUCGUCUCUGACAGACUACAUAAACCUGGAGCUGGGCUCACACUCACCCAAGGGGGCUGACACUCCAGCUGAGCGCUUGGACACACUCCCAGAGUCAUCAAUGUGCCCCUGCUCAGAGGAGGAUGCCGUGUACCAUCUGGAUAGUGAGAAAAGGUCUCAGGGCCUCGGCGAUGAGGUGAAAAACGACUACACUGAGAUGACAUUCGGGAUGACCAGCUCGCCUCCACAGCUUGUUCCUCAGAACACAGCAAGCAGCCAGAGCAGCAUGGAGAGGAGGCUACCACUGGAGGAUCAGGGAGUCCCAGAAGGCAUUGGGGUCUUCCUGCUCGGGGCCACCUCUUCCUCCACAGUUGACCCUGACUGCUCCGCCAAGGUGAUCCGGGCCAAUCCGCAGGGACGCCGGCGCCACAGCUCCGAGACCUUCUCCUCUACCGCCACGGUGACGCCGGUCUUCCCCUCCUUCGCCCGCGGCGAGAUGGUGAAGAGGCACAGCUCGGUGGAGAACAUCUCGUCCCGGAGCAGCGAGGGCUCCGACGAGGAGUACGGCAGCCCGGUGAACCGGCAGAGCGCGGCCGGCUACCCGAACGGACUGAACUACAUUGCCUUGAACCUGCUGGACAACAGGGACAUGGAGAAAUGCGAGGACCUGGCUGGCUUCAAACCCACCAGCAGCUGCAAAGGGGGUAUCAAUGGAUUACACAGCACACCAUAUGUCUGUUUGGGAUUCAAGGAGGCUGCAACCACUGCCAAAGACUGAAGGACCCCUUUAUCUUCAGACUUGGCGUCUACACAACCUGCUGCUCGACAAAAAAAAAAAGAAAUCAACUUAGCCCUUUCUUGCUGGGCACCGUGGCCCCUAAAAGACUGUCUGGACCCUCAGUGACACUCGCCACACAAACACAUGCACACAGGAAACAAGCAGGUCAUCAUCUAUGCAUGUCAUGAAUUUGCUGAGAUGGGACUGGUGUGUUGUGUGUGUGUGGUGUUGUGUUGGCGUUGCGGUGCCGUGUGUAUGUGGUUGUGCGUCUCAUGUUCCCUGCGCUUUUCGGAGGCCAUUUUUUUCCUCUGACCCAAAUUUUGGCGCAAGCACAGAAGCAAAGAUAGUCAGACAAUAACAAAACUCUAAUGGUACCCAGAUACUAUUUAUUUACUUGAGGGUAGUUUUAUGGCUGUCUGUAUGAGUGCGAGUGUGUGUUUCUGAGGCAGAAUACGACCAGCCGGUGUGUCAGUAAACAAUGAAACUAUAGAAAUGGCCCAGGGAGCGAGGAUACCAAGGUACACUGAGUAUAUAACUAUAUUUAGAGUAGAUAUUUUAUUUAUUUUUGGAAGAUGAAUGUCUGAUAAGACCUACCCAAUGCCUUAAUGUCUAUACUGUCCUUAUGUUUUUUAAGAGAUAAAUAUUCUAUUUCAGUAUGUCUACCUACAUCUCUAUAUUGUUAUUCUGUUGUGAAAGUAACAAGCCUAGCUUACCAUUCAAAUAUUAUUUCAGAAAUGUACAGUACAGUGGGGCUGCUUGAGAACUGAUUUAUCGUAUUGAUAUUAAAGUAUUUUCUUAAUUACUAAUUUCUUAUUUAUUCUAACCUAGUUUAUUUUUUUGUCCAAUCAAAGCGCUGGACUUAAAGAAAUAUAUUUCUAAAUGUCUCUAAGAGUUAUGCAUGUCCUUAUAACUCAGCUCAGACCCCACAACACCAGGCAUCUGAAUGCACUGUACCUACCACAGUUCCUCAGUCACUUGAGCCUGAAAACCUCACACACUCCUACCUUCAAACCUACGGCCUGCUGUUAAGCUCAAUGCAGGCCGCCCUGCUGUGAUAUCAUUUGACGGUACAACUGUCUAGAGGUGACAACGGAGGGGCGGAGCCGAUGAUAAAUGUCAAGGUUGGGGGGCACAGUCGAGACAGUUUCCGGUCAGCGAGUUGAGGGGCCGCCUGUGUGCGAGCAGUGAGGGGAGGAGGGCUCUGCAACACAGACAAAGUAGAAAAGGGGCCAACAGCCACAUCUGGCAACAUCAUGGAGGUUCACUGGAGAACCAGCUGUCUGGAAAAUGUAACUAUAUUGCAGACAGCGUAAAAAGUUUGAUUUGGCUGAAGAGAAUUAUGUAAUGCUAGACGUUAAAGCAAGACUAUGUAACGAUUUAACAAUGUGACAACUGUGUAACAAUCACGGGAUACGGCUAAAUGCUGCAACAGUGUAAUAGCAGCACUGACUUAGUAAAGUCUAUUGUUUGCUAACAUUACUACUCAGCUACUGACUGACUAGCUACUAGUUAUACACACACGUUAUACCAGCUGUGUGUUUUAUUGCUGAUAAAUUCUACUUUUCAUUUGUUAGAGGAAGAAUGUUUUUUCUUUUAAAAGUCACAAAGUAAUUUAAUCUGAAGAAACUAAAAAAAAAAAAAAUAAUUUAAUUCUGCUGCUCCCCGAGAGCUUUGAACCUCCAAAAUGGCCGUCAGAUGGUUUGUUAAGAUGCUCUAAAAGCCCUCUACGGACAUCCUAACUCCACUGUGCCGACUCCAACUGGCUCCCAGCCCCUUUAGUGUACAGUAGAUUGUAAAACUUUUAACCAUGUCUGAAUGUAUCGCUCAGCUGGUGGGAACACCGCAGAAACAUAACGUGGGAAACGGUUGACUUGGAGUUGAGUAAUAUUGGAGCUGUACCACGCCAAGUGGUGGUAUCUAUUUAUCUUCAGUCUUGAAUGUGUAUAUUGUGUACAUAAAAAGAGUUUAACUAAAACAAUCUAUUGAAAAUACAUAGAGUACCUAGAUUUGACCUAUGUUGCAAUGAUAUUCCUGUGUAAAGACUUUGGCUACAGAUUUUUAAAAUGGGGACAGGGUUUUUGCUUUGGGGUUGUACAGUGUAUUGUAUGCUUUUCUCCCUCACGGUCUCUGUGACUAUAUGAAAAAAAA